CCGUGCUUAAAGCCAGAGUUCAGUUCAACGGAGACCUCUCCUCCAAGACAGAAAAAACCUGCACCAUGACUAUGACCUUGGGGUACUGGGACAUUCGGGGGCUGGCUCAUGCCAUUCGCCUGCUCCUAGAAUACACUGACUCCAAGUAUGAGGAGAAGAAGUAUAAGAUGGGAGAUGCUCCUGACUAUGACAAAAGCGAGUGGCUGAAUGAAAAGUUCAAGCUGGGCCUUGACUUCCCCAACCUGCCCUACUUAAUCGAUGGGCCUCACAGGAUCACCCAGAGCAAUGCCAUCCUUCGCUACUUGGCUCGCAAGCACAACAUGUGUGGGGAGACGGAAGAGGAGAAGAUUCGUGUGGACAUGUUGGAGAACCAGAUUAUGGACACCCGCAUACAACUGGGCCUAAUCUGCUACAGCCCGGACUUUGAGAAGCUGAAGCCAGGGUACUUGGAAGGGCUCCCUGAGAAGAUGAAGCAGUACUCACAGUGUCUGGGGAAGAGUCCCUGGUUUGUGGGGGACAAGCUCACCUAUGUGGAUUUCUUGGCCUAUGAUGUCCUCGAUUUCAAUCGCCAAUUUGCUCCCACCUGUCUGGAUGCUUUCCCAAACCUGAAGGACUUCAUGGCGCGUUUUGAGGGCCUGAAGCAGAUCUCUACGUACAUGAAAUCCAGCCGCUACCUUCCAAAGCCCAUAUGUGGAAAGAUGGCGCUAUGGGGCAACAAGUAAGGCCCAACAGGAAAUAGGAGCAGUUUCAUAAACUCUGUGUGGAGACUUGCAAACAUUUAGACUUUCUGAAUCCCAGAGUUACUCUGUUGUUAUUUAUCCUCCUUCCCCCCCUCCCUUGACUCCUUGAUGUUGUUUCUUGGUUCCUUCCACCUGGAGCCCGAGGGGCUGUGCUUCCUAUGGGGGUAGCAAUUGGGUCUGUACCUGAGUUGCCCACUGUGACCCCAUCCUAGCUCAGCCUACCCUGGACCUUACCCUAGAGAACAGGAUGAUAACCGUGUGAUGGGGCUUCUGCCAGAACAUGUACCUCAUUUUCUCUGCUUCCCAAUAAAGUCUUCCACCCUCA